CACGUGCGGUAGUCCUUCUGGUCUCCUUCCUGGUCCUGGCAGUCUUUGGUCCUUUCGACCGGAGCUCGUAGAGCGCGUAGAACCGUCGCGUGUUGCUCAGAGUUUCAGCGCGAAUUUGUUGCAAGUGCAGCGCUCGAGAACUCCAGUGCCCCCAGCCUCAAGUGUUGGCCAUAAAGAAUUAUAUGUUACAUUGAUUUAGCACAUGAUUAUUUUUGUUGUUUUUGUUCCGUGUCGCCGCGCCUAAUCCCCGCCAGAAAUCCACGAAAAGAGAGCAAACGAGCGCCCCCCAAAACGAACAGGCCAUCAAAUUAAUCAAAUUAAAAGUACUUGGCAGUGCAAUUACGCAGAAUGGCGUUUGCCUUUUAAGUUUCAACGCUCGCAUUGUUCCCCGGCAGCGGCCGAAGGCAUCCCAGGCAUCCCCGGCAUCCCCGUCAUCCCCGGCAUCGCAGGCAUCGCAGGCACAGUGGAAAAACUGACGUUAAACAGGCGAACAGUCACCGGCUGUGGCAGCAGCAGCAGCCAGUUCCAGUUCGAGUUCGAGUUCCAGUUGCAGUUGCAGUUGCAGUGGCAGCAGUGCCACUGACAGUGGCAGUAAGUUACUGUGCAACUUUUGCCGGAGUCCCGUCGGCGCUGUCGUUGUUGUCGCAUAACUCAAAGCUGAUGAAAUAUGGAGCUGCUUCAGGUACUCUGCUGCACGCUCCUCCUGCUCCUGGCCCGAAUGCAAGUGCUCCUCGCCGUCAGCUGGGAGGAUUGGUGGACAUACGAUGGAAUCUCAGGACCUGCCUUCUGGGGCCUCAUCAAUCCGGAGUGGUCGCUCUGCAACAAGGGCAGACGUCAGUCCCCCGUAAAUCUGGAGCCGCAGCGCCUGCUCUUCGAUCCCAACUUGAGGCCCAUGCAUAUCGACAAACAUAGGAUAUCCGGACUAAUCACCAACACCGGACACAGCGUCAUCUUCACGGCCGGCAACGACACGGUGGCCAACUACGAUGGCAUGCAGACGCCCGUGAACAUCUCGGGGGGUCCGCUGUCGUACCGCUACCGCUUCCAUGAGAUCCACAUGCACUACGGCCUGAACGAUCAGUUCGGAUCGGAGCACAGCGUGGAGGGGUAUACGUUCCCGGCGGAGAUACAAAUAUUUGGCUACAACUCCCAGCUAUAUGCAAAUUUCUCCGAUGCCCUGAACCGUGCCCAGGGCAUUGUGGGCGUCUCCAUUUUGCUGCAGCUGGGUGAUCUGUCCAAUCCGGAGCUUCGGAUGCUCACCGAUCAAUUGGAGCGCAUACGCUAUGGCGGCGACGAGGCGUUCGUGAAGCGACUCUCGAUACGCGGCCUCCUGCCGGACACCGACCAUUACAUGACCUACGAUGGCUCGACCACGGCGCCAGCCUGCCACGAAACGGUCACCUGGGUGGUGCUCAACAAGCCCAUCUAUAUUACAAAGCAACAGUUGCAUGCCUUGCGCCGUCUCAUGCAGGGCAGCCCCGACCACCCAAAGGCCCCGCUGGGCAACAACUACCGGCCGCCACAGCCGCUGCUCCACCGGGCCAUUCGCACCAACAUUGACUUCAAAACGACGAAAACGAACGGAAAGGCCGCCUGUCCCACCAUGUAUCGCGAGGUCUACUACAAAGCGACCAGUUGGAAACAGAACUAAGACGUAACUACUAUAAUGGCCGUUCUGACGUAAAGACGUAGUGACGUAACGUAAGCGCAAGACGUAAUUAGCGUGCGGCGUGCAACAGGAGCUUCCACUAAACAUACAUACAUAUACAACCCGGCGAUGCUGAGGAAAGAUCGAGGAUUGCUGAGCAGAGCGGAGCGAAGAAAAUGGAGAGCGAAGGCGAUGGCGAGGGCGGAACGAAUACAUACACGCAUACAUACUCGAACAUGCAUAUACAUACAUAUAUACAUAGGAAGCCGAAUAAUAUUGAUAGCGAUUACGAUAACGAUAACUAUAACGAUAACUAGCAUUAAAUGUGCAACAUUUUUUUGUCUCCCCAAAAUCAAUCAGACUUUGAUUGCAGUCAGAGAUACUCCCCCUGGUUUUUUUUUGUGUAUGUGUGUGUAGCCCUAAAUGAAAUACUGCGUAAGUACGAUAACUAUAACGAUAACGAUAACGAUAGCGAUAGCCAUAGCGAUUACUAGUAAUCAGAAUUACCAGCAUAAUCUCUAUAACCAUAAUAAUAAUAAUAUAUCCUGUAUAUUUAAUGCCAGGCAAAAGUUGCAAAUAAGAGAUCAAAAUAAUAAUAAUAAUACCUACCAAACACACAAACACACACAAUAGCGAGAAGAAUAUGCAAGUAUUUGUGUAUGUAUAUGUAUGUGUAUAUUAAUAGCCGGAGGCAAGUUAUGGAAACAGAGAGAAUGAGAGAGCAUUAUGCAAAACCCACCCAAAAAAAACCCAACUAGACGCGCAUAGACUAGAAAAAGUACAUAUAUUUUGUUGUAGCCUUUUUUUGUUGUGCGUGAUUUAGGCGCUGCUGUUCCCGUAAUAGUCGUAACAACAAAAUUCUGAUACGAAACCAAUUUAAAUAUGACAAUCUCUGGAGCCAUACCUCUAUGCGUAAAUAUUCAAUUGAAUUUCGUCAAGAAUGGAGCUAGGAAAAAGUGUAUAUAUGCUCUCUUUGAUGGAGCAGAAGAUCCAUUUUCUUGCGGGUAGAAACGAGAGAACUAUCAUAUAUAUUUUCGGGAUAUCUUUCUUAAACUUCCGAAGGGUGGGGGGUUCAGCGUGAUAUUUCUGGAUUUACCGCUGCCACACAUUUAAUUCCAAUUUUCAAAUUAUGAAUUGGGUAUUUUUGUUUCUUGUUUUUGUUUAAUCUAUAAUCCCGAUAUGCAAGGCCGAAAAUACCCCCGCACGUUGGCAUGUUGCAUGCACCACACAAAUGCGUGCAUUUUGCAUUUUAAAUGCACUUAACCGCAGCAUCCACUACCCCCACGUAGCCUCCCAAUGGGGCAGCGGCAAUGGGCAAUGGGCAAUGGGGGCGUGGUUUGAGUUUUCAGUUUUCGGAAUGGGAAUUUAAAUCGGAAUGGGCAUGGGAGCGUGGGAGCGUGAGGCGUGGGCAUGGAACUUGUGUAACCGGGGAAGAGACCCACUGUUAUCAAACCCACUUACCAAAAGCACCCAGAGCCCAGAGGCUGCCCUGUCGCUUAUCGAACAGCAAAUGCAACAUGAAACCACAAAAUCUGUUGCGGUUAUUUAAAAUCACGUUUAAAUACGAAAGUGCAGCCAGUCCCGGAUCCCGGAGCCUGGAGCCCGGAGAACGAAGCCCGGUCCAGGGGACCCGCAUAAAAAUCAACUUUUUAAUGGCCGAAAGGAAAAUGAUUACGUACACGCCGCGUUGGCCCAAAAGCUGCAUAACUUUUUCCCUAAAUGGCAGCCAGACAGGGGCAGGGCAGGGCAGGGCAGGGGCUUCGGUCUGGGGUCUGGGGUCUGGGGUCUGACUCUCUACAAAAUCACAUAAUAAUUUGUAUAAAUAUUUGCAUUAUUUGCACAAGUUGACAUUUUUGUUGCUGGUUUUUGUUUCGUACUCUCGUACUCGUACAUAUUUUUCGCAUUCUGUUGAAACUCUUUCAGCUUUUCAUUUCAGUUUUUGUGUGUUAUUUUGUUUUGUUCUCAGCUGCUGUGCAUCGAGGGAUUUGCCAAUGGAAAAUUAUGACUUAAAUUAAUACAUUUCAAAUGGAAUUUAUUUCAGCAGCAGCAGCAGCAGCAGCAGCAGAUGCUACCCUUUUUUCAGAGUGCUGAGAUCUAUAGAUGCCCUACAAAUGCAGGAAGACGGGUGUAAAGAGUCGAAGGGGCAUUUAAUACUCUUCUGAUUCCCUCCGUACAAAUGCACCUUAAAGUUUCUUUCGUUUAUGAGUUCGGUUCGUGUGCAAGUUCUCUCUACUGUGAUCGCUCGAAGGGGUAUCCCGUUGCACUCCUGCACUCCUGCUGACUGCUGACUAAUUAGCCAGGCCAGUCCUCGCCAGGGCAAGGCCCAGUCCAUCAGCAAACUCAAUCCCAACUUUGGCUGACUUUCAAUCAAUCAAAUGGAAUGGUGCGGGGCGGGGCUGGGCUGGGCUGGCCAAACUGAUUUGCGGUGAGUUCUGCACGAAGUUAUGCUGCUGCUUCCACCAGCAGCCGAGGGAAGUGGCUGACCACUGCAUCAGGACGGGGCUAACCUGACAUAUAUUGGCAGGCAGGCAGCAGAAGGGAGGCUGGAAACUGGCAACGAGAGCAACCACAGAGAUUCUGAAUCGUUACUCUGUAUCGGAUGCGAAGCCUAUAUUAACCUAUAUAUAGUAAAUUUGUCCUUUAAUUCAUUCGGCACCACCAGGUGGCACUCUGCUCUUAGACCUCCAUUAAUGGCACUCCACAUACACUCCACACACACUCCACACUCCCCUCCCUCGCAGCUUGUGUCUGAGAGGCAUAUGAGUUUUCCCACCUCUGCGAUAUGGAGGGUGUAGCCCUGGAACAGGGUAUCGUCUAGUCUCUCUUCUUGGGCCACAGGAAGUGGCCUUUUUUCCGAUGCCAUAAAUACUGGACUGCUGCUGUACAGCAUUUACGUUAUACAUAUACUUUUUUACACCAUUUCAUUUCAUUUUCAUUUCAUUUUUCGCAUUCAUAUGCAGAUGCGAUUGCAGUUGGCCAUUUGGCAAUUUUUUUACCAUUUCAUUUCGACUAUUGGUCAUUUUGGUGAUUAUUUUUAAUAUAUUGGCCAUUGGCCACUGACCGAUAUGGGGAUGGGGGACAGGGACUGUAGACAGGGACAAAAGACAACAUCGAUCAUCGGAGGGGCAGUCGGACUCGGAGACCGGGGCAAGAGAGAGGGCUGGGGGAAAAUAUUGCAAUUUGACAAACAGACAAAUUCGUUUAUAUUCAUUGCUGAAGGGUUAAUGAUAGGGCAGAGUCGUUGGCCCAAGCAAUACCCUGUAGCUCAAUCGCGAAAUGAAGAUGAUAGAUGACAUAUUAAUUGAAUAUUGAUAGACCUUCAAGCAGGACAAGCUCUAUGAUAGUGCUUUUUAGGGUAUCUUUUAGAUAACCAUAUGGCUCUGAUGACUCUAAUAAAUUAUUCCCUCGCCUAAGUAAUCCCUCAAGUAAUGGGCACAAGAUAUUCAUGUGUAUCAUUCAAGUGAUUUGGACAUCCAUUUAUUGAUGACUAAAGAAAAGAUUCUCCAUUCCCAGAUCUUCUACUAAGAACAUACGUUACGUUCAACGAGUAAAUAGUUUGGUUAUUUCCACCAGAAGAUUCCACUCUCAGAUACCUUCCAGUUGAGACUUCCACGGGAGAUUAUCAUUUCUAGUUCUAUAAAAACCAGAAACAGAAGCAGAUGAGCAGAGCCAAACAGCCUUUGGGCUUAUGGAACGCAAAUUCCAUGACUGGUUAUGCUAAUGCCCCCCAAGAGCUGCCCCCCACAGGGCCACACAGUUGAUGGGAGGUAUGGCACAUGGGGUCUGCGCUCUAAUGCUGCAGUUGGGUUAUCGCUGUUGUCCACACAACACUAAUUAAAUUAUGGAAAUUAAAUUGAAUUGAGCAUAUUUGUUGUUUGCAGUUCAUAAAUUCCCCC